AUGCCGGAGGGGAAGGUGAAGAAUCCCGGGAAACGCAGCGGGAAACCGGCCAAGAUGGACCUGCGGGAGGAGCUGGACAUGCUGAAGAAGCAUAAGAAAACUCACAUUGGUGAUAAACCGUACAGCUGUGAUCAGUGUGGAGCGUAUUUUGCCCGACAAGGUAACUUAAAGCAACACCAUCGUAUUCACACUGGAGAUAAGCCUUACAGAUGUGAUCAGUGUGGAGCGGCUUUUGUCCGACAAGGUCAUUUGACGACUCACCAGCGUAUUCACACUGGAGAGAAGCCUUACAGCUGUGAUCAGUGUGGAGCGGCUUUUGCCCAUCAAGGUGCUUUAAGGCGUCACCAACGUAUUCACACUGGAGAAAAGCCUUACAGAUGUGAUCAGUGUGGAGCAGCUUUUGCCCAUCAAGGUGCUUUAAGGAGUCACCAACGUAUUCACACUGGAGAAAAGCCUUACAGAUGUGAUCAGUGUGGAGCGGCUUUUGCCCGGCAAACUCACCUAACGAAUCACCAACGUACUCACACUGGAGAAAAGCCUUACAGAUGUGAUCAGUGUGGAGUGGCUUUUGUCCAGCACGGUGCUUUAAGGAGUCACCAACGUAUUCACACCGGAGAAAAGCCUUACAGAUGUGAUCAGUGUGGAGCAGCUUUUGCCGAGCAAAGUGCUUUAAGGAGUCACCGACGUAUUCGCACUGGAUAA